AAAGCAAGAAGGAAGACGGAGAAAAAGAAGCGCAGGAGGAUCCCGGAGCAUACGCUCGCACGCAUGCACACAAAAAGAGCUUUAGUCUCGAAAGAGGAAUUACCGAAGUGUGAGAAAAGAAUUUUAAGAAGUUUACGACUCCGCCUUCGUCCUAGACGCACGCUGACCCGGAAGGUAAUCACCUGAAACUCGGUCAAAGGCGGGGGCUCUACGGGUGCCGGGAGGAGGGCGCGCGCCUAUCCUUUUAGGACCACGAGAGGCACCGGCGUCUGGAGCCGUGGCACCGGCAUCUGCUGACACUGCUGCCUCCAGCGAGUUCUUUCGUCCUCUUCCCUUCUUCACCCCUACACCUUGGAGGUGAACUUCUCACCUGAGGGCGGUAAAGACUAGUUUGAAAAUGGAGAGCCAAGAACCAACAGAGCCUUCUCAGAAUGGCAAACAGCAUAUUAUUUCAGAGGAGUUAAUUUCAGAAGGAAAAUGGGUCAAGCUUGAAAAAACAACGUACAUGGACCCUACUGGUAAAACUAGAACUUGGGAAUCAGUGAAACGUACGACCAGGAAAGAACAGAGUGCUGACGGUGUAGCGGUCAUCCCUGUGCUACAGAGAACGCUUCAUUACGAGUGUAUCGUUUUGGUGAAACAGUUCCGACCACCCAUGGGUGGCUACUGCAUAGAGUUCCCUGCAGGUCUCAUAGAUGAUGGUGAAACCCCAGAAGCAGCUGCUCUUCGGGAACUUGAGGAAGAAACUGGCUACAAAGGGGACGUUGCCGAAUGUUCUCCAGCUGUCUGUAUGGACCCAGGCUUGACGAACUGUACCACACACAUUGUGACAGUAACCAUUAACGGAGAUGAUGCCGAAAACCUAAGGCCCAAGCCAAAGCCAGGGGAUGGAGAAUUUGUGGAAGUCAUUUCUUUACCCAAGAAUGAUCUACUGCAGAGACUUGAUGCUCUGGUAGCUGAAGAACAUGUUACAGUGGAUGCUAGAGUCUAUUCCUACGCUCUAGCGCUGAAACAUGCAAAUGCAAAGCCAUUUGAAGUGCCCUUCCUGAAAUUUUAAGGCUAAAGAUGACGCUGGCCACUUCUGUAAACGAGACCACUAGGCCUUCUUCACUAAGACUUUGUCUUCAACUUAGCUUAAUGUAGAUUUGAAAUUAGCUUUUUCAUAAAAUAAAAGCAGCACAGAAUGCA